AUGCCAUACCUCCCCACACCCCAGGCAUACCUGGAACAAUCUGCUCUACUACUCCAGGCAUAUCCGGAUAGCAGAAUAACAACAAAAUACUCCUUCCCGUCCCAACGCCCAACAGCUCUCAAAAAGGCCCAAGCCCGCCAGUCUCAACGCCAACAACAGCAACAACAACAAACACAAGAUGCCUCCACAACACAAUCAACAACACAAACACCCGUCGCAACCCUCACAUUAAAAACCUACAACCCCUACGCCGGAAUCUGUCUGCAGUACAGGACGAAUAAGGCCGCUGAGGUUGGCCGGUUGAUUACGAGUCUGGGGAAGUUGGCCGGCGGUGCGGAUGUUGCUGCUCUGGGGUUGGGGGCUGCGGCUGCGACUGCUGGUGCUGCGCCUGGAGGGGAUGUUGAGAUGACCGAUGCGCCUGUUGCGACUGAGGAGGCGGCACCUGCGCAGGCGGCGGGGCAGCAAGCACAAGGGAAACCAGAUGCUGGGACUAAGGGUGGGAAGUCGAAGAAGAAGGGUAAGGGGAAGCGGUAA